ACCGUCGGCGAGGUCGUGUCGUAGCCUCCCGUUUUCGCGGUCGUGUUCUUUCCUAUCCCGCCACGUGCACUCUUUGCUUUUACCUUUUCGAUUCGACGUCGCGAGUGGAUCGACGAUUCGUCGAGGAAGCCCGGCUUCCAUCAGCCGGAGGAACAGGCGACGGUCAGCGUCGCUUUUCACCGUUUUCCAGUGGCUGGAAAAAAGACGAACUUCGGGAAGAAGCACGUCGGGACUUCAACUUCGUCGUGACCACAGCAGCCAUGAUAUGACACUCGAUUGAGAGGAAGAGUGUGCAACCGACGAGCCAGCCAGCAUGAGGAAGUUACUGCAGUUUUUGGUGCUGGUAUUGCUGGGUGUCAACGCCAGACGAACGGACACGGACGCCCCUUCGGAUGAGGCUCACGCUGGUCAACGUCGUGGUUCCCUUCACAAGUCUAAUUACAACAACGGGAACAACAAUUACAAUUCUCAGUCAAGCUCGCCCUAUUUGCCGUAUCAGCAGCCGAGAGAGAGAAAGCCGAACAUAGUCCUGAUCCUGACGGACGAUCAGGAUGUGGAACUUGGUUCGCUGAACUUCAUGCCACGGACCCUAAGGCGAAUAAGGGACGAGGGAGCCGAGCUGAGACACGCAUACGUAACCACUCCCAUGUGUUGUCCGAGCAGGAGCUCCUUACUGACCGGCCGUUACGUUCACAAUCACGAGGUCUUCACGAACAACGACAACUGCAGCAGCCCCCAGUGGCAACGAGAUCACGAGCCUCAUUCGUUCGCCGCUUACCUGAGCAACGCUGGAUAUCGUACCGGUUACUUCGGCAAGUAUCUGAACAAGUACAACGGCUCGUACAUACCGCCCGGAUGGCGGGAAUGGGGAGGUCUCAUAAUGAAUUCACGGUACUACAACUACAGCGUGAACAUGAACGGGAAGAAGAUAAAGCACGGCUUCGAGUACAGCAAGGACUAUUACCCGGACCUGAUAGCGAACGACAGCGUGGCUUUCCUUCGUCAGAGCAAACACAAUUUCGCCAGGAAACCGGUGAUGCUCGUCGCGAGUUUCCCGGCGCCCCACGGACCGGAAGACUCGGCCCCGCAGUUCUCGCAUCUCUUCUUCAACGUCACCACUCAUCACACCCCAGCCUACGACUACGCGCCGAAUCCAGAUAAACAAUGGAUCCUGCAGGUAACCCAAAAGAUGCAACCGAUCCACAAACAGUUCACGGAUCUUCUGAUGACCAAAAGACUUCAGACGUUGCAGAGCGUCGACGAUGCAGUGGACAGGAUCUACCAAGAAUUGAAAGACCUGGGAGAGCUGGACAACACGUACAUAAUAUACACGUCUGACCACGGUUACCAUCUGGGACAAUUCGGUCUGAUCAAAGGAAAGAGUUUCCCCUUCGAAUUCGACGUGAGGGUACCGUUCCUCAUCCGAGGGCCUGGCAUCGAACCUGGCACCAUAGUAGACGACAUAGUUUUGAACAUCGACUUGGCGCCGACCUUCCUGGAUAUCGCCGGCGUCGAGACGCCACCGCAGAUGGACGGUCGUUCUUUCAAGAAACUUUUUCAAAAUAAACACGGCAGAAGAUCGAAGUUCAAGUGGCCGGACACGUUCCUGAUCGAAUCAUCGGGACGUCGCGAGACGCCGGAAUCGAUCGCGGAAUCGAAAGCGAGAGAAGCGAGGAAACAGAAUCAAACGGUCGCGAGGCAACAUUCGAACGGGACACCGGAAGAGGAAGAGGAAAACGUGACCGAUAUGGAGAGCGAACACGAGCCGGAGCAUCGGUUCUUCGAGAACGACACCGGCAGCGAUCAAGACAUCUCCGAGGACGAGGAUUUCGAGGAUUCGAUCAUCGACGAAUCGAACGUUGAUCCGCAUCUGGACAACAGAGUGCAUCCGGUGCACUCGACCUAUUCCGCGAAGCACGAGCGAUUGGCGAUCGAGUGUUCGCGGCCAGAGGCCCAGGCGAACUGUGUGCCGGGUCAGAAAUGGCGUUGCGAGAGGGACGGGCAUCGAUGGCGAAGGCACAAGUGCAAGUACGCCGCGCCUCCGUUAAGAAUCUCGAAGAAAUGCGCCUGCUUCACCCCGAACGGAGUCGUGUACACCAGGCUGGAAUCGAACGACUACGAGGGACAUCGAUACGGCUUCGGCAGGGACAGGAGGCCCGCAGAUGUGUACACAGAUAUGGCUAGAUACUUCGCUAGACGUGGCAAGCGAGACGCGCCGGAAGAUGUUGGUCGCGAUACCGGCCACCAGGAUGAUGACUAUAAUGACGGUGACCGUGACCGGCGAGCCAUCGACGAGGAAGACGAUCAGCAGUUCUUCCAGGAACUGAACAAACUUGCGGACGACGUGAGGAGAGAGUACACGAGUCUAUAUUCCAGGAAUAGGUUUAAUAAUCGAGCAUCGCGCGACGACACGCUCGAGUUCGAUAAUUUGAACGAGUCCGAAUAUUCGAUCGACGACUUUGAUCCUAGCUUGGAUAAGGUGGUGAAAGGUCGGCUGAACGUGGAGGACGUGGUGAAGAGGCACAGGAGGAUACGAAGGAGUGCCAUAAAGAAAGAUACCGUUGAUCAUGUUACGAAAAUUAUGGAGAGCAUAGAGGAAGAACUGGAUGACCUGAAGGCUACCCAAAUUCGCCACUCGGAGACGCGGAAGACACUGCCAGCAAAAUGUUCGGUGCUACCUCAGGGUGGAGUGAACUGUUCGGAGACAGUUUAUCAGGAUCCGAACGAAUGGCGCAUCUCGAGACGAGAAAUCGAGCAACAGAUAAGAGAAAUGAGGAUGCAACUGGAAACAUUGAAAGACAUACGUCGUCAUCUGAUGACCAAGCGACCGCACGUCGGCCGGGACACGGAGGAAGGUUCGAGGAGUACUCAAGAGCCUCAUAAAUCGCAUCAUCACGCUUCGAAGAAUCACGCGAACCGUCAUCACAAGAAACACGAUCACGCCAGCACUGUUAAUCCGACCGUUACAACUGUCCGUUCCACGUGGAAGCAGGACCAAGUCACGGAAGACAAAACUACGUCCACGGGUACUACGGAGAAGCUCAGGUUCACUGUUACGAUUGCAGAAAACACCGACGACCCGGAUACGAUCACCACGACCGAAACAACGACCACGACCUUAUCGACCACGGCCAAACCGAAGAAGGCGUCUCGACGUCAGAAGAUAAAAGAUACCGCCAACAAUCGAACGGAAGUCGAGGAUGAUAGGCCUCAGAGACGCAGGAAGGUUCAUCACCAUCGCAAAAAUAAUACACUGUUCACGAACAGCGUGCACGAUGACGUGCAGGCUGGCGUGAACAUCAGCGAGAUCGUUGAGACGACUGCGACUACUCAAAGCGCAGCAACAAGUCAGAAACAACAGUACCAGUCAACCGGGUACACCACCCUUCCCACCACCCUGACGAAGGAGACUCUUCAAAGAGAGACUUCGAGUACCGUCGGAACCACGGACGAGUCCACGAAAGAAACCACGAUGGAAACGGACCCGCAAACGGUGCCAUCGACGACGGAGACGUCCAGUCUAGGUGAAUGGACGAAGUCGCAGAAGACCACUCCUGCGGUUCCUAGAACGACCGGAACUCGUUCCAGAAAUACGUUCACCCCUACGACUGUUGCCACGACACCAACCACUACACCAGUUAUUCCUUCGAAAAAGUUUCCAAAGGUGCAGAAGAAUCGAACGAGCCCAAAUCUUGGACCCUCCAGAAUAGACGUGACCAUCUUGGAGUCCCCAGACAGGAAAAGCAGACAAGAUAUAAUUGAUAUAGCAAAUAAUAAUCGUCGACUACCACCGAUGCUGAACAGCCCCCUAGAGGCUCGGCACAAAUGCUACUGCGAGCCUGAUUCCUACUCGAAGAAGGACGAGAAGGAGAUCGCCCGUGAAGAGAGAAGAAGACUGAAAGAGGAACGGUUGAAGAAGAAAGAGAGAAAGUUGAGGAAGAAAGCCAAGCUCGAGAAAGAGUGUCUGACAGAAAAGAUGAACUGUUUCGAGCACGACAACGACCAUUGGCGGACUGCCCCAUUGUGGAGCGCUGGUCCAUUCUGUUUUUGUAUGAACGCCAACAAUAACACGUACUCCUGCAUAAGGACCAUUAACGCGACGCACAAUUUCCUUUACUGCGAGUUCACUACCGGUUUGAUCACGUAUUAUAACCUGAGGAUCGAUCCGUUCGAACAAUGGAACAGAUUAUCGUCGUUAACAGCCCCGGAACGAUCUUACCUUCACGAUCAAUUGGAACAUUUGAAAGGGUGCAAGGGUACGAGGGACUGUACAGUAGGAAGCGCGAAAGAAGCUCUGCCGCAGCCGCAACAACAUCAGAGAUACAUUUCGAAGAGAAAACACGCUAACACCUUCGCGUUUGGAACAGAAGAAGUAGAAGCUGGCAAAGUAAUUGGAGACAGCAUCAACAACAAGACUCGGUGAAUUAUCGGCGGCACAGACACCAGUACUGAUCAUGGUUCGUUUUUCAUUGAACAAAUCGUCGAAGGAUGCGUGAAAGCAUUGCCUUGGAUGUGUAUUAAUUUCGCGAUGCAUUUAAUAAUGUAAUUUAUUUAGUGAUAUUUAAUUGGGAACGGAAACGUGAUAAUUUCAUUGAUGAAGUUCUGAUUUCGUUAGACUGUCGCAGCUCGAGGGAUUUACCGUGUAUAUUUUCCAAUGCUAUUGAACGAGAAAACAAUCGGAACAGCGAUCUAAACGAGGAUCCAUUUUUUUACUUAAUAGCAGAUAUUUUUUAUAAUAAUUUAUUCAUCCCACGUCUCUUUAGGUCUUUAUACAAGAAACGCGAUUAACUCGUCAACUACGAUAACUUGCCUAACGAGAUUUAGAGCAAUUUUAAAAACUUUGAUUAUAUUGAAAAAUUAAUCACACGAUAAUUCAUCGCGAAGUGAUUAAUCGAUACAAGUAGCUUUCUAGACAAUAGAAUGUCUAAGGGAAGAUGAGAAGAAACUAAGAGUUCAUCUCAUGUCGCAUUAGAACAGUUGAAAUUUUUAUUCCUGAAUCUAUGGACUGAAACGCACAACGAAAGAACGAACACAAUAGUAAAACGGUCCUGCCAAAAGCCUUUCGCCAUUUCUCGUGGGUAUUUCUUAUACACUCACACGUUCGUAUGACGUUUAUUCUACUGAAACUGCCAUCCGUUUGAUUUUUCCUAUUGUCUUCGAGCAGUAACAAUGCAGAAUAAAUUGACUCUGCCACGAAAUACUUUACAAUCAUUGUAGCCAAUCUUUAUUGGCCUGUAUGAACUCGACUGUACAGACAGGAUGAAAGUAAUUCUAGCGGUUAUCUGAAAGCAUGCGAUGCUAAGACUGCAUAAGUUUCAAUGAAACUGACAAAAUCAUUGGCAUCAUUUAUCCUGUGCAAAUCUCCUGUCUUACUAGAAGCAGUAUGAAAACUUUUGUGAUCGCUAUACCUAACAGUCCCUGCUACAAGAAAUGAAAUGCUGAUGGAUGCAUAGGCUGUUAUAAAUAAAAUAUGAAAAUGAAUUUAUUGAAAAAUAUGGAUAUGCUUUGUUAAGUAUAAAGACAACUUUAUAUAAUAUUCAGUCUUUCCUACAAUGAAUUACACAUAGUUUAAGUACUGAAUUUAAUAUGCUUCUAUGCAAGCUAUGUAGCUAAGUAACUUGUCUCCAUUAGCAUUUUAUUUUUUUACGAUUAUAUGUCUGUGUUAUGUACUAGGUUCUCAGAUAGUGUCCUGAGAACAUCUUCAAGAUUUUGAAACUGAAGCCAUGUAUUUAAAUCAUGUGAAAUAAAUAAA